GACGAAGCUCGGUUCACAUCAACACAUACCAGCACUUCACUCUCUCUAUCUCUCUGCUCUUAAAGGUUUCAUUUUUUUUUUUUUUUUUUGCAAGUUUUGUCUUCUUUGUUCUUCUUUGCUUGUCAACAGUGAUAAAAUGAGUUGGAGAUACAAAGGUGGGUUGAUUCUCAUUAUCGCUGUUGUUAUCACGUGGGUCACUUCUGCAGAAGUCACUCAGGGUGUUUUCGAGAACUAUGAGCAGCCAUUCGCGGUGACCUAUCUCGGGACUUCGGUCCUGGCGCUCUAUCUUCCCAUAGCAUUCUUCAAGGAAUGGUUACUGAAGUCCCUGAAAUCCCGCGCUAGCGGAAGUGGCAGUAGUGUUCCGGAGACAGUCGAUGCAAUCUGUGCAGGUCCAGAUUCUCCUGGCAAAAAUAAUGGGAAGCAGAGUAAUAUGGAAAUGGAAAAUCAGGAAAAGUUGAGUGUGGUGGAUUCAACAGGCGAGGAAGUUCGUUUACUUGAACAGGAAAGGGCCUUUGUUUCGGAAGGACGUGAUGAUGACAAUGUGGAACAAGAGGAGAAGAUGAACAGCCGGCAAAUUCUCAAAGUGGCCUGCACACUCGCGCCUAUUUGGUUUGUGUCCGAGUAUCUCAUGGCUGCUGCACUUGCACGAGCAAGCGUUGCCAGCACCACGAUAUCGUACUCGACAUCAGCACUUUUCACCCUUCUGAUUGGUGCAUUUCUAGGACAGGACUCCAUAAGUGUAGUAAAAGUAAUCUCGGUCUUUAUCAGUAUAGCGGGAGUCGCCAUGACUACGCUAGGGAAGACUUCAACUACUGAUCAAUCACAAUCUGACACAACUGUAACCUACUCUUUCCUAGGAAAUAUUUUGGCGAUUCUCUCAGCUGCAACUGAUGGACUAUUUGCCGUGCUUCUCAAGAAGUACGCUGGAGAAGAAGGAGAAAGGGUGGACAUGCAAAAGUUAUUCGGUUGUAUUGGGCUGUUCUCGCUUGUUGCACUUUGGUGGCUUGUUUGGCCUCUCAUUGCUUUAGACAUAGAGCCCAAAUUCGCCUUUCCUCAUUCUCUGGCUGUGGGGGGAGUUGUUCUUGCCAACUGCUUCGUGGGAAGCUUCCUCUAUGAUUACUUUUGGGCACUCGGUGUUGUUUGGACAACUCCUCUGGUGGCAUCCUUAGGUGCCUCACUUGCGAUACCCUUGGCCAUGUUGGAAGACAUCAUAAUACACAGUCGGCAGUUUUCGCUGAUUUACAUUCUUGGCUCGGUCCAGGUAUUCCUGGGAUUUGUAUUAGCUAACUUGGCAGACUGGUUCUCACCCACAUUGGCAUUGGAAUAAAUUUGUACAUGUGUACAUCUGAGAUACUCCGGGUCCAGGAUAAAAUACAGAUAAAUCCAUCGCUUGU